AACAGAGAAAGAGAACAUAGAGCAAAAUUACACGAUGGAGGACUUGAACAGUUCAACGCCGUGCCCUUACACCGUGACGAUUCGCCGGAACCCCCAUCGGAAAGCUCGCAACACGCCGAAAUACACUCCACAGAACUUCAACUUGCGCGAAAUUCCACCAUUUCCCAACGACGACGUUUUGUUCGCUGCGCAGAACAUGCCAGAGGUUCCCUCGGCGGCAUCCAUAGAAAACAAGCAAGAAAACGAUAACCUCAGAGUUUUCCUCAGAAUCCGACCCCUCCCUACCGAGUCGCCAAGUCGAGCUCCGCACGAGAGAGGAAAGAGCGUGUGGCCUCAGAAUCCAAUGAAGAAGAGCAGCGCCGCUGCAGCAGCAGCAUCCAAAACCUCGAAGAAGAAGAAGAGCUCCGAUACUUCGUGCAUAUUGGUGAACGAUUCACAGUCAGUGACGUUAUCUCCCCCUUUGGAUUUGCAGGAUUCGAAGCGAAUCAAAUCGGAGACGUACAGAGGUUUCUCUCAUGUUUUCUCUUCUGAUUCUUCUCAGUUUGAAGUGUAUGAGAGAAUGGUGAAACCUAUGGUGGAUGCGUUUCUUGAGGGUGAAAGUGGAAUGGUGGCUGCGCUGGGGCCUAGUGGAUCCGGCAAGACACACACUGUGUUUGGGAGCCCAAGGGAUCCUGGAAUGGUGCCCCUGGUCCUCCGCCAUAUUUUCAAGGAGACUCUGUCAGAGGCCAAAAACUCACCUAGAUCCUUUUAUAUCUCAAUAUUUGAGAUAUGUACGGAACGCGGCAAAUCAGAGAAGCUUUAUGAUUUAUUACCAGAUGGUGGUGAACUGAGCAUGCGACAAUCGGCCAUUAAAGGACUGCAAGAGGUUCUCAUCUCCAAUACUGAACAGGCAGAAUCUUUAAUAGCACAAGCAGUUGCAAAACGUGCAACUGCAAUGACAAAAACAAACAGUCAGUCAAGCCGGUCACAAUGCAUCAUUAACAUUCGUGAUGUUCCCGUAAUGUGUGAGGGAGUGUUGAAUCCCAAGUCAGAUAGUGUUGUUUUGUCUAUCAUUGACCUUGCUGGAGCAGAAAGAGAAAAGAGAACUGGGAAUCAGGGGACAAGGUUGCUUGAAAGCAAUUUCAUCAACAACACGCUAAUGGUGUUUGGCUUAUGCUUGAGAUCUUUGUUGGAGCACCAAAAAAAUCCCAAGAAGCCAUUGCAAAAGCACUUCCAGAAUUCAAUGUUGACUAGGUACAUGCGAGAUUAUUUGGUUGGGAAGAAGCGGAUGACUUUGCUUUUAACAGCAAAGUCAGGAGUUGAAGAUUAUCUGGAUACUUCGCACCUGUUGAGACAAGCUUCUCCAUAUAUGCAAAUCAAGUACAAUGAAGCUGAACAACCAAAUAUGGCUCCCAAAAAGAGGCAUCACCAAGCAUCAUCUACUAUGGAUUGGGCAAAACCAUCACCAAUAAUAAGAGUAGAACACCGAAAGAAAAUGAAACUUGACACUAGUGAAGAUGCUGUACAGAAUGAUGGAACAACCAUUGAUGAAUCAAACACUUCUAAAAAAGCAGACGGUUCAACAUUGUGCAAAUUAGAUGCAAGCCAUCCUGUUUCUUUCGACUUAAAGUGUGAUAGCCAGUCCCAGAGGGAAAGAAGCCAUAUUAUAAUGAGGAAUUUUGCUAAAGUUUUAUGGAGUGUGCUGAAAGAAUAUAAUUCCAAAUUGAAGGUUGCAGAGAAGGAAAUACAAAGUCUUAAAGAAUGCAUCGGAUAUGAGAAGGAAAAAGUUUUAGUGCUGGAAACAGAAUUUAACGAGUUUAAGGCUCACUGCACUUGUUGCAAACGAGGGAAGGAAUCAACAAAGCCUAAACUUGUAGAAUCAGAUGAAGAACCUCCACCUACUUGUUCCCAGUUGGAUUUUGAAAAAUCAAACCGGGAAGUUUUGAACUCCUUGUCAAAGAACCAGAAUUCAUUUGAGGUUGAGGCUGUGGACAAUAUAUCAAGUGAUACAUCUUGUGCACCACCAUCAAAUGUGUCUAGAGUUGAUCAAGGAGAUGUACCCGAGCUUAGUACAUCCUUUACACAUUCAGAUUCUGAGAACUCAGAACUGUGCUGCUAUGAUGCUGUGACAGUUGACGAGGCUGCGAGCAAGAUAUUGAAUGAAUCAUCUGAGCUUAAAAUUGUUGAGUCAAAUGGGGAGCCUAUGCUUGGUGCUUGUACACGGUCAGAUUCUAAAAAAUCAAACACUAGUGAUGAAAUAGAUGGAAAGCCUGUACAUGGUUUUUCUUGGGCACAACCAGACUCUGAAGAGUUCGAUAGAAAGUCUAUGGAUGGUGCUUCAUGCACACAGUCAGAUUCUGAAAAAUCAGAUAAAACUAAUGAUUCAGAUGUAAAGUCUAUGCAUGGUGCUUCUUGUACACUACCAGACUCUGACGAAUCAGAUGGAAAAUCUACGCAUGGUGCUUCUUGUACACUACCAGAUUCUGAUAAAUCAGAUGGAAAGUCUACGCAUGGUGCUUCAUGUACACAAUCAGAUUCUGAAAAAUCAGAUAAAACUGAUGAUUUAGAUGCAAAGUCUAUGCAUGGUGCUUCUUGUACACUACCAGAUUCUGACAAAUCAGAUGGAAAAUCUACGCAUGGUGCUUCUUGUACACUACCAGAUUCUGACAAAUCAGAUGGAAAGUCUACGCAUGGUGCUUCAUGUGCACAAUCAGAUUCUGAAAAAUCAGAUAAAACUAAUGAUUCAGAUGCAAAGUCUAUGCAUGGUGCUUCUUGUACACUACCAGAUUCUGACGAAUCAGAUGGAAAGUCUACGCAUGGUGCUUCAUGUACACAAUCAAAUUCAGAAAAAUCAGAUAAAAUUGAGGAGUCAGAUGGAAAGCCUAUGUCUGGCGCUCCUUGUAUACAAGCAGAUUCUGAGAAAUCAGAUCGGGAAGUCCAGGCCUCCUCGUCAAAACCCGGGCAUCAUAUUGGUUUGGAGGUGGAGGAUGCAAUCAAGAAAUCAUGUGGAUCGUUGGCAUCUUCAUCGUUAAUCAAAGACGUGGUUUUGGAUUCAUCUUCUCCCGAAGGUAUUUCAUCUAGUACACGUGACCUUGUGGGAGAUCCACGUGGUGAGAUAGGAAUCAAUAACUCCUGCAAACCUCUGAGACCGAAAAGAACACUUAUGCCCAAGUCAUCCAUGUUAUCAAGGGACUUUACCUUUGAUAUUGACGAGAGCGAGAAAUUUAAGGGGACAAGAAAGUUAGCUGCAAUUGAUCAGAAAAUAUCAAAUGGUAGCAUCACUCUUCUGCGCUUGCUUAAAGCUAAUAACAACCCUCAUCUGUAGCGUGACCACUAAAGAGCUAAAGGAAGUCAAUGCAGUAGGAACUAAAUUCUGCAACCUUCAUCACUUUUAAUACUCAUUAAACGGUAGGAUGUGUUUUUUGGGGGAAGGUUAUAAAUAUCUGUGCCCUGCUUGUACAAUAGGCGUUUGGGCUCUUUCCCACAAUUAAGCCUUUAACUAACAUUGUAAAAAGCUGCCCCGAGAGAGGGACUAAAGUGUGUGUCAAAAAAAAAAAAAAAAGAAUGGAGUGACAAAAGAAAAGAAAAAAUGAAUGUUCUGAUGUUUUUCCCUGGUAUUUGAAUAUUAUGAUUGUCAUUUCAGCACUCAGUCUUACAUUGAACCUUGAGUUAGGUGUAUAAAAGAGUACAAUCUAUUCAUGUUUUCGUAGACAUGUGCAAUACUGACCCAAUGUAUGGUUUCAAUUACAAAUAUUAGUUGGAACUCGCAUCCAUUUGGCUAAAAGCAUUCUUG